CACAGAGCCGCGUGGAGAGACGGAGGCUACGACACCGAAUAAACGGAAAGUGAACAAUAACCGGCGCUAAUCGAUACCGCAGACUCUCAUCAACCAUCGGUAUAAUGUCCCGGUACAUGAGGCCGCCGAACAGCUCACUGUUUGUCCGAAACAUCUCCGACGAGUCCCGGCCGGAGGAUCUGCGGCGAGAGUUCGGCCGAUACGGGCCCAUUGUGGACGUCUACAUCCCGCUGGACUUCUACUCGCGCCGGCCUAGAGGAUUCGCCUACAUCCAAUUUGAAGAUGUCCGAGAUGCAGAGGACGCCCUGCACAACCUGGACCGCAAGUGGGUGUGUGGACGGCAGAUCGAGAUCCAGUUCGCUCAGGGAGACCGAAAGACUCCGGGUCAGAUGAAGAAUAAGGAACGCUCAUCUCCGCGCAGCUCUCGAUACGAGGACUCGGACCGGCGCAGACGCUCGCGCAGCCGCAGCUACGACAGACGCCGUUCCCGCAGCCCGUCAUACGACAGGCGCCGCCGCCGCUCCGACAGCCCGCGAGAGUCCAGAGGAAGAACACACAGCAGACGCAGCCGAGAGCAUGACAGGCACCGGGGGUCUACACGUGACCACCAUCGCUCCCGAACUGAUGCCGCGUCCCGCAGCCGCAGCCCGUCCCGCUCCAGAGCCCGCGGGGGCCGGCGGGAGUCAGACGGGGCCCGCUCACACACACACUCUGCCAGCCCACAGCAGAACCACAGCACAGCAGAGAACAAGCACAGCGCAGGGGACGACACACACAUACACACACGCUCUGCAUCUCGCUCGCGCUCGCGCUCCCGCUCCUGGGCCGGACGCAAAUCCUGGGGCCACUGAAGCCGGAGCCGGAGCCGCGCUCGCCAGGACAGUCCAGCCGUCUGAUGGGUUAUUUUAUAAGGGAAUCGAGAGUUUUCUAGCGCUCAUGAAGAUGUGUGUGUGCGUGUGUGUGUGUGUGCCUGCGUGCGUGCGUGCAUGUGUGUGUGCGUCUGCGUGUGCGUGUGUGUUUACCAGUGCAGCUCUGCUGAACGAGCGAUGGACAGACCUUUUCUUAUGUUUUAGUGUGUCGCGGGGCGUCUUCAUGUGUUUUAUUGUGAACUCUGCUCGUCUGUUUGUACCUCAGAAUCAAAUAAAUUUCAUUUCCAGA